AUGUUCUUGGUUGUGUUAACUUUCAUUGCCACUGCACUUAGUAUUGGACCGUGUGAUAAUCUCACAUUAGGGUAUUAUUGUUACGACAAAUCAAUUUUCUUGUAUUGUCCGGGGUCUGAUAAGUUUGUAGAAAGUUGGUGGAGGUGCAAAGGUGGAUCAAUUUGUAAAUGUGGUAAAACGGUGUCGAACCCGUGUGCGUUUGAUUACAGUGAUGUCGAUUUCUGUAACGGAAGAGUGGGUACGUACAUCAAUUCAUCAAUAGUCACACCACCUGAAACAUUUGCUAAUGACAAACUCUACUCAUCACAAGCACAAGAAGUCAAUGAAAGUUCUUCUCUUGGGGUCAUGAAUGAUGGAACUACCAUUGCUUCAGUAUUAUUUGUAUUAGUACUUUAUGUUCUAUUAUAA